UGAGCGCCAUGUCCAGACAGCACAUGCUACACAUAAAUCAAGCUACACUCAAGAGUCUACAGCCUAUGUCUAUACCAAUCAGACCAGCGCUUUUAACACUGAAAAGCAGUAUAUAUGCUUUGGCACCACAUAAGCGGAAUAUGUCAGUUUAUGCGAGCCUCACUGGCCCAAGAAUUCACAAUUCACUUGGACGAUUCUCAGACAUUCCACUGCAUAGAAGACGCCUCCAUAAAGGGCCGAAUAGACCCAGAAUUUGCAUACAUUAUAGAUGCUUUGCUCGACGAGAAAGAACUUGAAUUGGAGAUCACAUGUUUUACAGACGCAAUGCAAUCAUCCAAGACAAGAUUUACUACGCCUUUUUCCACGCCAUGCCGCCUAAAAGUGACUCUAUUUGGACCCGUCUCUCUUUUUGAAGAAGUAGGAAGCUUUUUUGAGGACCAUAAUCUCUAUCUUCAAGAUCCAGUCAACUGCUCACGAAAUGCUUUAUACCGAAACCCGCACAAACUAUCUGUUGACUGUGGCCCAGACCUAUGGACCUCAGAUUUAGACAGAGAACAUUCAAACUUUGUGAUGACCGAAACUACACAGCCGCGGCCUGAGUUAAUCGAUACAUUAAACUCUCAAGAAGAUCUAGUUGAAACGAAACAGCCUGGUUCCAUUCGAUCAGUAAUGAAAAGACAUCAACUGCAAGCGUUGACGUUCAUGCUCCAAAGAGAGCAAGGUUGGGCGUGGGAUGGCAGCAGGGCAGACCUCUGGGAAUUUUUUCUCGAGAGCACUGGUUCUUAUUUCGUUAACAGGAUCUCUGACGCAGUUCAGACAGAGCCACCCCAGCAAUUUUAUGGUGGGAUCCUCGCAGACCCUAUGGGUCUAGGCAAGACAUUGUCCAUGAUUUCUCUAGUAGCCUCGGAUCUACUCGUGGAUAGAAACGAUCCAAACUCAAUCGAUGGGGCCAAUGCCGAAGAAUCUUCGGGUCGAACAUUGAUCGUCGUACCACCACCUCUUCUUGACUCCUGGGAAGAACAACUAAAAGAACAUGUCUUCCCCAAUAGUAUCCCCUGGCGCCGGCAUCAUGGAAAAUCUCGCGUAACAAAUUAUUCUGAUCUUGAAGAAUCUUUGGUAAUAUUGACAACUUAUCACACAAUAUCCUCGGAAUGGAAGGGUAGCUCGGAUCAGCAGCCGUCCUUCUUAUUCAACACACGGUGGAGGCGAAUCGUCUUAGAUGAAGCCCAUUUUAUCCGAAAUAGCGAUUCUCGACUGGCUCGUGCCAUAUGUUCAAUAAACUCGGUUUCCCGUUGGGCUGUAACGGGCUCGCCCAUCCAAAACAGACUCGGCGAUCUCACAGCGCUCCUCAAGUUCCUCCAAGUUUAUCCCUAUUCAGAAGAACAUAAAUUCAAUGCAGAUAUCUCUCAUCUAUGGAAGAUUGGCAAGAUAGACGAGGCGGUGAAACGACUGAAGCGGCUUGCUGGUUGUAUCCUUUUGCGUCGUCCCAAGACUGUUAUCCAGCUGCCACCAAGACAUGACUUCCAACACUUUGUGGAGCUAGCUCAAGAAGAAAGAGAUUUAUACCAAGCAUUCAAAAUGCACACUCUAUCUCACAUUGAACAAGCCCUCUCUGCAGAUGACCAGUCUAAGAAAACAUACUCUUAUGCCAAUAUGCUACAAAGAAUCGAAGCAAUACGCAUGGUUUGCAGUCUUGGCUUGUACUAUAAAAUGCGAUAUGAUCUCGAGACAUAUAACGAGCAGACUCCCCAAAAUUGGGCAGCAGUUGCCCAGCAGAUGUUCAACAUACGCCGUGGUAUUAGUAGCAUUCAGUGUCGCCUAUGCUAUUGCCCAGCUGAUUCAACAGAGAGUACAUUCUAUGAAGCUGGGCUGUCGGCAAUAUCAACGUUCUCCCAAUGCUUGGAAUUUGUUUGUUCUAGAUGCAUAUCAACUCGCUCACACCCCUUCAAAUCCUGUUCUCAUGAGAGCAUAUGUCCUUUUGCAAACAUAUCAACGGAUAUUUUCGAGACGGAUGAUAUGCCAACUCUCACAAUUAACCAGUUAUCUAAUGGAUUACCAACAAAGAUAUCCAUGCUAAUCAGUGACCUGCAAAGUCAGCCUCAUGAUGUCAAAUGUGUCGUCUUCUCUUCGUGGCGAACUACCCUCGAAAUCAUCGAGGUUGGACUUCAGCAUGCAUGCAUUCCUUGUCUACGAUUCGACGGCAAAGUGGCACAGAAAGAUAGGCAUACCGUAAUCGAGCGAUUUCGUAAAGACCCAGCUAUUCGGGUGCUGCUGGUUACACUAUCGUGUGGCGCGGUUGGUCUUACAUUAACGGAGGCCUCCAGGGCCUAUCUUAUGGAACCACACUGGAAUCCAACGCUUGAAGACCAGGCGGUAGCUCGAAUUCACCGUCUAGGACAGACGAAAGAAGUAAACACUAUUCGAUUCAUCGUGCGAGACUCAUUUGAGGAGAGAGUUGUAGAACUACAAAAAUCCAAGACGGAUCUGGCCGAGGUAAUACAUCGUCAAAAUGAGAGCAACCAACCAGAUGGAGCUCAACGGCCACUAGAGUGGCUGAAAGCGCUCAUAUAAAUUCAUCCAAGUGAGCAAAAUAUAUAUGUAGUUCGGCAUAAUAGAAACUCUAGGCCUAAGAUCUAGAUCGCCGUUUCAG